AUGGAACCUAAGUUGAAGGUUAAGAAGGAUAAAGAUGGUGAAAAAGUUGAUCCAACUGAAUAUAGGCGAGUGGUAGGUUGUUUGAGGUACUUGACUCACACUCGACCAGACCUGUCCUAUUCAGUUGGAAUUGCAAGUCGUUUCACGGAGGAACCAACCACUUUGCAUUUUCAAGUUGUGAAACACAUCUUACGAUACGUAAAAGGAACCGUUGAUUAUGGACUCAACUAUGGAAGAGGUCGUGAAAUUGAAGAUUUGGUUGGUUUUACCGAUAGUGAUCUUGGAGGUGACCUUGUUAAUAGCAAGAGCACAAGUGGAAUGAUUUUCUAUUUGGGAAGGAAUGCGAUAACUUGGCAAUCCCAAAAGCAAAAGACUGUUGCUUUGUCCACAUGUGAAGCCGAGUUCAUGGCAGCUACAACAACAGAAUGUCAAGCCAUUUGGCUUGCUAAUCUCGUGAAAGAGCUCACGGGACAUCAUAUCAUGCCUAUCACCUUAUAUGUUGAUAACAAGUCAGCAAUCACAUUGAUGAAAAAUCAUGUGUUUCAUGGACGAAGCAAACACAUUGACAUUCGUUAUCACUUCAUACGAGAAUGUGAUGAACGUGGGCAAAUUAUAGUCGAAUAUGUCAACUCGAAGGAUCAACGGGCGGACAUCUUUACAAAGGCUUUAGCAUACGUGAAAUAUGGUGAAAUGCGAAACAUGAUCGGAGUGACGAAUCUCGAGCCAAUUUCGGUUUAA